AUGUCCGAACACCAUCACCACCAUGGACACCACCACGACGACAAGAAGCGACCGCGCGAGGAGGCACACAAGGCCGCAGGAGAGGUGAGUGGCCAUAAGUCCGAGCAGCACGACGGCGCCGCUGCCAAGAAGACCAGGACGGCAGAGGUGUCGUCCGCGGUUGAAGGGUCGAAGUGGGCGCAGCUCACGGGCAGCACCACUGUGGGCGACCUCGUCCACCACCGCAUCACCACCAGGCCGCGGCCCACCAAGCCCGAAGAAGCGCGCGACCAGCAUCUGGUGGCGAUCGAGGGCGACUUCACGGUAGGGGCGGCCAUGGGCCUUCUGGCACGGCACGACCUCCUGUCGGCCCCCGUCAUCGACCCGCGUUCGCGGCGCUUCCUCGGAUUCGUGGAUGUGCUCGACAUUACAGGCUACAUCCUGGCCUCCUACAGCGCCCACUCGGAUGACACCAACUUCCUCAAGAAGGAGCUCCUCAACGAAGAGGUCUCCCACAUCCUCAAUUUCUCGCGAUGCGACGAUAGAGUGGUGAUUGAAGAGAGCAAGACGUUGAAGGACCUCAUCCACCUCUUCUGCGCGCCUCGCUUCAAGCACCGCCUCCACCGUGUCGCCGUCACCGCCUCGCCAACAAGCCCGGACGAAGCUCCGUCGGUCACGAACGUGGCCAGUUUGUCGGAUGUCGUCGCGUUGGCCGUGUCCCAGCCCGACCUGCUCCCGCCCGAGAAGGCCAAGGCGACGGUCGGGGCGCUGAAGCUGGUCAAGCCCAUCAUCGGUGUGCGCAUGGACAGCGCGGUGGUUGACGCGCUCGACAUCCUCUUCCACAACAAGGUCAGCGGCAUCGCCCUCAUCGACCACAGCGGCCGCGUCACCGGCAACCUCUCCGCCAGCGAUCUCCGAGGCCUGAAGCCAGAGUCGUUCAAAUACUUCGAGGGCUCCGUCCUGCAGUUCUUCGUGAAGGGGCUUCCACGCGUGGCGACGGGACACGAGAGGGGACCCGGCAGGGCGCCGGUGACGUGCACGGCCGAGGCUACGCUACUGGAGUGCAUGGAGCUGAUGGUGAAGGAGCAGAUUCACCGUGUCUACGUUGUCGACAACCUCGACUCCCUCCACAUCUACGGCGUCGUCUCCAUGAGCGACCUCAUCCACCACCUCAAGUAA